CUGCGCAUAUAGCUUAAAUAUUUAAAUCUAUAUAUUGUCUUCAGUCAUGGCAUUUCCCAUCACCUAUCCGGCUGUUAGCGGUCCCGGCCGUCUCCUAGAAAUCUGCAGUUUCCGCAGAAGCUCUAUCCCAGAAUCACGCUACGAUGAGGUAUUCAACGGCAUUACCGCGAAAACCUCACAAUUCCCCAUUGCUCGCCAAACCCUCUCCGGUCGCAAGGCAAGCAAAGAGGAAAGAGAUAUCACCGUCCUGAUCGCAGAUUGGACUUCUGCAGACGAGAAAGAUAUAUUUGAGCCAGGCCCCGAAUAUCAAGGUAUCAAGCCAGCGUUUGGGGAGCUUGUUAAUGCGGGGAAUCCCACUUUCGCUUGCCAUCAUAUCAUUCUUCCUGGGUUGGGAGUUACCCCCGAAGCGGGGAGGUAUGUCGCAGAGUUCUUUUCGGUGUCGGGGUUGAAACAGGGAGAGUUUGCUGAGAAGUUGAGGGAGCAUGUUGAGUCUUUGGUUGGAGAUACAAUGCCAAUCUUCUUUCAUGCUGCUCCGAGCCGGGAAAAUGCUGAGGUUGUGGUCGCGGUUUCUGGUUGGAAGAGUGGGGUUAAUGCUGGUGCCUAUAUGGCGGGAGAUUUCAAGAAAUUGCAAGAAACAACUAGGCCUAUUUGUACAGAGGUUGUCAUUUAUCAGGCCGACAUGAAGAAAUGGGAGGCCUCGCAGUAGAGGGACGAGGAACAGAGAUUGCUUGAAUCUGGUUGCCUAAAGAGAUAGCAAAAUAAAGCAUGUUCUUUAUUUGGGGAUUAUGUUUUAAUCAUACGUAACUUGCCGU